AUGCCCAGGGUCGUAAUUGACAAUGGAGUUUGCCCUAAUUCAACUGUCGUCAAGAUCGACAGUGUAAGAAGUCCAGGAAUAUUGCUUGAAUCUGUACAGCUUCUUACGGAUAUGAAUCUCUGGAUCAGAAAAGCUUACAUUUCCUCUGAUGGAAAAUGGAAUAUGGAUGUUUUCCAUGUUAGCGAUCUUAAUGGAAACAAAUUAACCGACGAGAACCUAAUCCGUUACAUUGAAAAGUCGAUCGAGACAUCUCAUUACUGUAAAAGCGAAGGGUACACCGGUUUAACAGCUCUAGAGUUAACCGGAACUGAUAGAGUCGGUUUACUCUCAGAGGUUUUUGCGGUUUUAGCUGAUCUUGAAUGUGAUGUUGUUGAGGCUAAGGCAUGGACUCAUAACGGAAGAAUUGCGUCGAUGAUUUAUGUUAAAGACGGUAACUCCGGGACUCCGAUCGACGGAGAUUCCGACCGAGUCCAAAGGGUAGAAGGGCAAUUACGUAAUUUACUAAAAGCAGACGAUGGUUACCAAAACGACACGAGGACAUGCGUUUCGUAUGGUGGCAAUACUCAUAUGGAGAGAAGGUUGCAUCAGAGGAUGUUCAUGGACCGUGACUACGAGAAGAAGUUUGAUUCCGAGAAAUCUCCGAUCGUUUCGGUUCAAAACUUACCGAAACGCGGUUACUCGGUUGUGAAUUUGCAGUGUAAAGAUCGGUUGAAGCUUUUGUUCGACGUUGUUUGCACGUUGACGGAUAUGGCUUACAUUGUGUUCCACGCCGCGAUUCGAACGGUUGGAGAAACGGCGUUUUUGGAAUUCUAUGUAAGACAUAGUGAUGGAAAUCCGGUUAAUUCAGAACCGGAGAGACAACGGUUGAUUCAAUGUUUACAAGCCGCAAUUGAAAGAAGGACGAUUAAGGGUUUGAGAUUGGAGUUAUGCACGGCGGAUAGACCGGGAUUGUUAGCGGAAGUAACGCGAGUAUUCAGGGAGAACGGAUUAAAUGUAGCAAGAGCCGAGGUAUCGACUAAAGACGGUAUAGCGAGGAAUGUGUUCUAUGUGACGGAUGCAAAUGGUAACCCAAUAGAUCCCGAGAUAAUCAAAUCGAUUAGAGAGAAGAUCGGAAUCGAUGAUCUAAGUGUUAAAGAACAAUUUCCGAGUAGUUACCGAGAAGCGGUCGAGAAGGAACAACAGCAAGAACCGCAAGAUCAAGCCGGACGCCUUGGAGGAGGGACAGUGUUAGUGUCACUUGGGAGUCUAUUUAUGAGAAAUCUAUACCAGUUAGGUUUGAUCAAGUCAUAUUUCUAG